AUGACAUCACCUCAGCUGCCUCGAGACAACUCCAAAACCACCGGUCUGGCAGGUAGUCCUAUCCCAACGGAGCUCGUCCUACAGAUCGUCAAAGCCAUUGGUCCGCGACCGCAGCCAAAGCCGGCAGAGCAUCUGAGACUUCACGGUGCUCUCGAAGCCGGGGCCGACUCCGACUCAGAUGACCUGGAGAUAGUGGACAACUUCUUUUACGAAAACCCCAAUAAGCCGACAGAAGCAGACGUUCUUGACGGCAUCACCGACCUCAAGACCUUAACUAUCUCGUGUAGGACACUAUACCAAAUCUUGAGAGGUGUGCUGUACAGACGAAGUGGGCGAGAGGAUGACUGGUAUGCUCUUCAAUGGGCCAGCUUCAACGGCAACCUCCGUGCGCUGGAAGCAGCCGUCGAGGCCGGCGCAUCAGUCAACUACGCUUUUGAGAAGGCGGGAACCCCGAUAGACAUGCUGAACUAUGGACGUAUAGAUAGCACCUUUGGGAGAAACUUCCCCAGACUUCCCAGGUCAAAGACGUACAACUUUGGCACACCCUUGCUUGCCGCGGCGUAUGGCGACGUCACCCGGCGACAUCAGGCAAUCAAGUGGUUGCUCUCCCACGGCGCCGAUCCAAAUGUCACGGACGCCAACGGCAUCGCGCCGCUGCAUGUCGUGUGCAGAUGGGGCGUACGAGCGAGCGUGACCAUCGAGCUCCUCCUCAAGAAAGGCGCGGACGCCAAUGCCCUCGGCCCUCGGGGGUGGACGCCUCUGCACAUGACGUGCUACGCGCGCAGAUGGCAUCCUGAUCCGGAGGACCCUCGGCGUCUGUCGCAGCAGAAGCAAGACCUGGCCAUGAUACCUACUGCAAAGGAGCUGAUCAAAGCAGGGGCUGACUUGCGGGCCAGGACGACCUUGGGGGGAGCGAAGGAAUCUGGCGAGCCCUACAUCGGUGGCCUGACGCCGUAUGAGUUGGCUCUUUACUGUCAGAACGUUACAAUGGUUGAGCUCUUCCGUGAGCAAGAAGCGAUUGCUUCGACUAGCGGUACGAGCUUCACAUGGGCCGGGAAUCAUGCCCACAUAACCGACAUUUUCAGUCUGGCCACUACCUCAAGGGCUGUAUUGUCUGCGAGCGGCUCAUCGACCCUCCACAUCCACGACACCGCCGACCCCACGAUCCCCAUCACGCAGUCCAUCAGCGGUGCACACAAGCUGGGCUGCCACCACAUCUGCACCUCCCGCAAUGGUCUGGUAGCCGCAAGUGCAGGCUUCGCCGGCGAGGUGAAGAUCUGGGUCAUCAACAAGGACACGAGCGAGUGGAAGCUCCACUCGGAGAUCACGAACAAGGCGGCCAAGGCCGGUGAGGUCUGGGCCAUUGCGCUCAGCGAGGAUGGAAAGUUCCUCGCGGGUACGACCUACGACGGCCGGGUGAAUGUGUGGGAUGUUGGCGAAGAGGGCACGCCCAAGAUUAGAGAGUACGAGACGGGAAGUCCCGGCCAGGGGAGCUUUGGCAUGUCGGUCGACUUGAGCCGUGAUGGACGGUAUACUGCUAGUGGCCACCAGAACGGAGCUGUCUACGUCUUCAACAACGACAACGGAAAGUUGUUGUUCUCACUACCAGGCCUGGUCAAAUCUGUCCGCUCUGUCGCAUUCUCUCCUGGAAACACCAGACUAGCUGCUGCUGGCGACUCAUCCGUCAUUGCUCUCUACGACAUCAAGAAUGGCGAGCAAGUCAGCAACAUGACUGGCCAUUCUUCAUGGAUCACAUCUGUUGACUGGAACGACACGGGUGAAUACUUGCUUAGCGGAGCGAUGGACGGAAAGGUCAAGGUCUGGUCAGUUGAGCGUAGUGCCUGUGUCGCGACACACAGCGAGACAGACAAGGCUCUGUGGGCUGUCAAGUGGCUCCCGAAGACUGGAAAGAACGAGUCUUUCUGUACGGCGGGCGCCAACAGGAGCAUUUCAUUCUAUAGAGAGGCUACUGGUGCAUAA